UAUUGGGUUUGCUCCAUAAGCAAGCUUUACUGCGACAAAUUUUGAGAAGAAAAAGGAGAUAAACAAAAAAUGGUGGCGAAAAACUCGAUUGAAUGCAACUCUGACGAAGAGACGACCAAGGUUCCUCCUAUCUUUGGAUGUCCUCCAGUUGCCUUAGACGACAAGAAACCUUCUGUUGGUGCCUCGGAUUUUGCAGUCCCUAUCAUCGACUUUGCAGGCGUCCACAAGGACGCAGUGUCACGUGAAGGCGUUGUGGAGAAGAUCAAAGACGCUGCAGAGAAGUGGGGAAUCUUCCAGGUGAUCAACCAUGGUGUUCCUUCAAGUGUUCUUGAAGAGAUUAAAGAUGGAGUUGUUAGGUUUCAUGAUGAAGAUACCGAGGUUAAGAAAUCUUACUUCUCGCUUGACUUCACGAAAACAUUUAUCUACCACAAUAAUUUCGAACUGUACAGUUCGUCUUCUGGUAACUGGAGAGACUCUUUUGCCUGUUACAUGGCUCCUAAUCCUCCAAACCCAGAGGAGAUCCCAGUGGCUUGCAGAGAUGCUAUGAUGGGAUACUUGGUGCAUGUGACGAGCUUAGGUGGUUUGCUCUUUGAACUUCUAUCAGAAGCUCUUGGUUUGAGCUCAGAGAGCCUUAAGAGUAUGGGUGUCUUGAAGGGUAUGCAUAUGAUAUGCCACUACUACCCUCCCUGCCCAACCCCUGACCUAGCUUUGGGCACAAGUAAGCAUUCGGACAACACUUUUAUCACCAUUCUUCUUCAGGACAACAUCGGGGGUCUUCAAGUUCUUCAUCAAGACUGCUGGGUUGAUGUCUCGCCUGUCCCUGGGGCACUUGUCAUCAACAUCGGUGAUUUCUUGCAGCUGAUGACAAAUGACAAGUUCAAAAGCGCGGAGCAUAGGGUGCUUGCAAACAGAGCUGGACCGAGGAUUUCAGUAGCGUCCUUUUUCAGCUCGAGCAUGAAUGCAAAUUCCACGGUUUACGGACCAAUAAAGGAGCUUCUGUCUGAAGAAAAUCCUCCAAAAUACAGAGAAUUCACUGUACCAGAGUACUCAAAGGGAUACAUUGAGAAAGGUCUGGAUGGAACAUCGUAUCUGUCGCAUUACAGGAUAUGAAACGAUAAGUGAAAAAGUUUCAGUUUGAUGCAAGAUAUAUAUAUGCAACUAUGGGGGUUCAGUCCUUAUCCAAGUUAAGUUUCUCUGUUUUUGGGUCUGCAAUAAGAAAACCAUUGUAUACCAAAAUGGUGUGUCGAAACAUUUGUGCUUCUAUCUUUCUAUUUUGCCUUACCACCAGUCCUAUAUUAUCAUAUAAUAAAGUAUUUUAUAUUGGAUCUAGA